AAUCAACUUCACACUAGGGAUAUGUCCUGAGUGGUAGUCUACCUAAUAACCGUGAGCACCUGUUUGAAGAACCACGUGGUUUGCUGCGGAGUUGUUUGGAGUGCAUAAAUAUGGAAUCCAAUCCGGUUUUAAAGGCGAAAAAAUAGGCGUUCUGUUUUUAAGUUAAUUUAAGAUUUAUCGUUAGAAAAUGGCACCUAAAAAAACGGUAGCUUCCGAAGAAGGAAUCGCAUCUUCUGAAUCUCCCAAUAAAUAUGAGAAAGUGUCGGGAAAAGCUAAAUCUGAGUCCAGCAAAGCACCUGAUGUGGCACGGAAAACCCCCCUUCAUCCACCAACGAUGAUAAUGGUCAAAGAAGCGCUGCAGGAAUUGGACUCUCGAAAGGGGGUUUCUUCGCAGGCCAUUCGUAACUACAUAACAGAUAAAUAUCCAUCUUUGGACCAGGUGAGGUUGAAGUACAUGAUGCGCAAGACCCUGAACAAAGGAAUCGAGAGCGGGGUAUUAGUGAGGCCACCUAACUACACUGCAAGCGGCGCACAGGGGAGGUUUCGGCUUGCAGUCAGGGGUAAGGUGAAGGAGCCCAAGCCUAAGGCCACUGAGAACACUGAUCCCAAUGUGGUGAAGGCUUCCAAGGCUGGAGCCAGGAAGACCAAGGAGAAGGAAGCAGUUUCUGAGAAAAGAACUACAGCCAAAAAGCAGGAGAAGACUUCAGAGGAUGCACAACCCAAGAAGGCUCCUGGUGGCUCCAAGGUGGCCCCUACGAAGAAGCCCAAGGCAACGAGGCCUGCAGUGGAAGGAGGGGCUGAGGACCAGCCCAAAGCACUGAAGACCACCAAAGCAGCCAAGAAGGGCGAGGGGGCGGCCAAGAAGGGCGAGGGGGCGGCCAAGAAGGGCGAGGGGGCGGCCAAGAAGGGCGAGGGGGCGGCCAAGAAGGGCGAGGGGGCGGCCAAGAAGGGCGAGGGGGCGGCCAAGAAGGGCGAGGGGGCGGCCAAGAAGGGCGAGGGGGCUCCUGCCGCUAGAACCACAGGGAAACGAGGCAAGAAGGGAGCAGCUGAGUGACUGUUCUCCUUUCAUGCAAAUGUGGGUUUUAAAGAUUUACUUUAUGUUUAUGAAUAAAGCUUAUUUUUUGAA